AUGAGCGAGGCUUCGCAGGGCCAGGCCCGCAGGAGAUGUGCAGCCGAGGCCAUUGCCCUGUGUGCGGGGACUUCAGUGGGGACCUUCGCCCCGCUCUGGGAGGUCUUCCGAGUCUCCUCCGACAAGCUGGCGCUGUGUCACCUGGAGCUGACGCGGAAGCUGCAGGACCUCAUCAAGGACGUGCUGCGCUACGGGGAGGAGCAGCUCAAGGCCCACAAGAGGGUGCGUCCAGGGGGCGGGGCCAGCGCAUCGGGGUCCCAGGCCUCCUGCGGCCUCCAGACCUGGGGAUGCCCCCAGAUGCCCGCCACCUCCACACACCCGACCCCCCUGGGCUUGAUGAACUCCCGCUCAGAGCCCAGCAGCAGCAGGGGGCGGGGGCGGACCUCAUCAAUCACUGAGGCCAGAGAGCUGGGAGGUUCUGAUUGGUCACAUGGCCAUUCUACAUUUCCAUUCACUCCUUUCUUCCUGCCUCAGCGCUUCCAAGCCAUGGAGGAGACCCACCUGCGACACAUGAAGGCGCUGCUGGGCUCCUACGCACACUCGGUGGAGGACACUCACGUGCAGAUUGGGCAGGUGCACGAGGAAUUUAAGCAGAACAUAGAGAACGUCACCGUGGAGAUGCUGCUCAGGAAGUUUGCUGAGAGCAAGGGCACGGGCCAGGAGAAGCCAGGACCUCUGGACUUCGAGAGCUACAGUGCGGCCGCGCUGCAGGAAGCAAUGAAACGCCUGCGGGGAUCCAAGGCCUUCCGCCUUCCAGGACUAAGCCGGCGGGAGCGGGAGCCUCGAGCCGCCAUAGAUUUCCUGGAACCCGAUUCAGGGAUGUGUCCAGAGGUGGAUGAAGAAGGUUUCACCGUCCGACCUGAUGUGACCCAGAACAGCACGGCCGAGCCUUCUCGCUUCUCCUCUAGUGACUCUGACUUUGACGACGAGGAGCCUCGGAAGUUCCACGUGCACAUCAAGCCCGCGCCAGCCCGGGCUCCAUCCUGUAACCCCGAGGCUGCGGCGGCACAGCUCAGGGCCACAGCGGGCAGCCUCAUCCUACCUCCAGGCCCAGGGGGCACCAUGAAACGCCAUUCUUCACGGGACGCUGCUGGGAAACCACAGAGGCCUCGGUCUGCCCCAAGGACCAGUAGCCCCUCCCCUUUCUCCUCCUCGUCACCUGAAAACGUGGAAGACUCUGGCCUCGACUCUCCUUCCCAUGCAGCACCCGGCCCCUCCCCGGAUUCCUGGGUCCCCCGCCCGGGCACCCCGCAGAGCCCGCCCACCUGUAGGGCACAGCCCCCUGAACCCAGGGGAACACGGCCCCCACCGCCACCCGACUCUCCGCAGCGCCUGGCACCAUCGCCAGGCCCUUGGGGACUGGAGGCCGGAGGAGACCUGGUGCCCCCACCCGCCGAUGGCACCUCUAGGGAGGGCCUCGCUGCCCCACCCCGGAGGCCACGCUCCAGAAAGGUGUCUUGCCCCCUCACCCGCAGCAACGGUGACCUGUCUCGGCCCCUGAGCCCCUCCCCCCUGGGCUCCUCCGCCCCCAGCAUCACCUCGGAGCGGCCCGGCUUCUCCUCCCAGACGGGACACGGAGUCUCCCGGGGCCCAAGCCCUGUGGUCCUCGGCUCCCAGGAUGCCCUGCCUGUGGCCACAGCCUUCACGGAGUACGUCCACGCCUACUUCCGAGGCCACAGCCCCAGCUGCCUGGCUCGAGUCACCGGGGAGCUGACCAUGACCUUUCCUGCUGGUAUCAUGCGAGUGUUCAACGGGACCCCGCCCCCACCCGUCCUCAGCUUCAGGCUCGUGCACACGGCCCCCAUCGAGCACUUCCAGCCCAGUGCUGACCUGCUCUUCAGUGACCCCUCCCAGAGCGACCCGGACACCAAAGACUUCUGGCUCAAUAUGGCAGCUCUGACCGAGGCCCUGCAGCGCCAGGCGGAGCAGAACCCCACGGCCUCCUACUACAACGUGGUGCUGCUGCGAUACCAGUUCUCCCGCCCCGGCCCCCAGUCCCUGCCUCUGCAGCUGAGCGUCCACUGGCAGUGCGCGGCCUCGCUCACCCAGGUCUCGGUGGAGUACAGCUACCGCGCUGGGGCCACGGCCGUGUCCACGCCGCUCACCAACGUCCAGAUCCUGCUGCCCGUGGGGGAGCCUGUGACCAAUGUCCGCUUACAUCCUGCUGCCACCUGGAGCCUGGAGGAGAAGCGGUUCAUGUGGAAGCUUCCAGAUGUGUCUGAGGCAGCAGGCGCCGGCCACCUCUCUGCCAGCUGGGAGCCCGUGUCUGGGCCCAGCACGCCCAGCCCUGUGGCCGCACAGUUCACCAGCGAGGGGGCCACUCUGUCGGGUGUGGACCUGGAGCUGGUGGGCAACGGCUACCGCAUGUCGCUGGUGAAGAGGAGGUUCGCCACAGGUACCGUCACCUGCCACCAGGCACUGGAGCUGGGGUGCCGUUGGGGAGACAGAAGAGACCCCAGCUCAGCACAGGCACCCCAAGACAGUCCAAGAAAGUAG